UUAGUGAUAAAUAAAUUAUUUUGAAAUAAGUGGGUUUUGUAUAUACAUAGGUAUACAACUUCUACAAACUUGCUGUUAGCUCGUACAAACCUACUGAAAGGCCAACAAAAAAGGCGAAUUAUAAGGAAAGGGUGUUGCCCUAAAGAAUUUAACAGAAUUCUGUUUAGAGAAAAUGUCGGAACAUAACACUUCUUCUGGAAUUGAAGGUGCAGCCGCUGCUUUCACUGCUCCUCAUCCUAAUGCUGAAGUAAUAAGGGGUCAAAUAUUUGAAGUAGGACCAAGGUACAGGAAAUUGACUUACAUUGGCGAAGGAGCUUAUGGCAUGGUUGUAUCUGCUGAUGACACGUUAACAAACCAACGCGUAGCAAUCAAAAAAAUUUCACCUUUUGAACACCAAACUUAUUGUCAGCGUACCCUGCGAGAAAUAACUAUACUAACGCGAUUCAAACAUGAAAAUAUUAUAGACAUUCGAGAUAUUUUGCGAGUAGAUAGCAUAGAACAAAUGAGGGACGUAUAUAUUGUACAAUGCUUAAUGGAGACUGACCUGUAUAAGUUACUUAAAACACAGAGGCUGAGCAAUGACCAUAUUUGUUACUUUCUGUAUCAGAUUUUGCGCGGUUUAAAGUACAUUCAUUCGGCUAACGUUUUACAUCGUGAUCUAAAACCAAGCAAUCUUUUGCUAAACAAGACUUGCGACUUAAAAAUCUGCGAUUUCGGUUUGGCUCGAAUUGCUGAUCCGGAACAUGAUCAUACUGGUUUUCUUACGGAGUACGUAGCUACGCGGUGGUAUCGUGCACCUGAAAUAAUGCUGAACUCAAAGGGAUAUACUAAAUCUAUUGACAUGUGGUCGGUAGGAUGCAUCUUGGCUGAAAUGUUAAGCAACCGACCAAUAUUUCCUGGAAAACAUUAUUUAGAUCAACUUAACCACAUUUUGGGCGUAUUGGGAUCGCCAUCACAGGAAGAUUUGGAAUGUAUAAUAAAUGAGAAGGCUAGAAAUUAUUUGGAGUCCCUUCCAUUCAAGCCGAAUGUACCGUGGUCGAGGCUAUUUCCGAAUGCUGAUGCGUUAGCGUUAGAUUUACUCGGAAAAAUGUUAACAUUUAACCCGCACAAGCGUAUUCCCGUUGAAGAAGCUCUUGCACAUCCAUACUUAGAGCAAUAUUACGACCCCGGAGAUGAGCCCGUUGCCGAAGUACCAUUCCGCAUCAAUAUGGAAAACGAUGAUAUAUCGCGAGAUGCUCUCAAGUCCCUAAUUUUUGAAGAAACGUUGAAAUUUAAAGAGCGACAGCCAGAGCAAACGAUUUAAAAUGUACAGCAAAAACAAAACUAUGCUACCAUAUUUUGACACGUUGAUUAACUUGGACACCUUGAUUAACCGUUUUAUAUUUACAGUUACCGCCAAUUAUUGUGAUUUAUAAAAUAGUUCACUAAUUAAGAUGAUUUUGUGCAUGCAUCAUGCAUGUAAAUUU